UGUGCGUUCGUAAAUUGGUGUUACUUCCUUGUGUGCCAGGUCACUGGCGCUUGAGGGAGGAGCCUGCAGCCUUUAAAAGAGGGGCGAUGUCGCGCCUUGUGUAAUCUCAUUGAAGGUGUUCAACAUGGCCAACUGGAUUAUUAACAACGGUGUUACCUGUGUCACACUGGUGGUAUGGAUGGGCAUCAACAUCUUCCUCUUUGUAUGGUUUUAUCUCGUCUAUGAUGUGGGGGAUGAGUUCUUUUACACACGCCAUCUCUUAGGCUCGGCUCUGGCCUGGGCCAGGGCUCCCGCCGCCGUCCUGAACUUCAAUUGUAUGCUGAUCCUCCUCCCUGUGUGUCGCAACCUGCUGUCACUCAUUCGGGGCUCCCUCGUGUGUUGCAGUCGUAGUUUGAGGAAGCAGCUGGACAAAAAUAUUGAAUUCCACAAAUUAGUGGCUUACACGAUCGCCCUGAUGACAGCGGUUCACGUCAUCGCUCAUCUCCUGAACGUGGAGUGGUACAACAACAGCAGACAAGGCGUUUACGAUGAUCUCAGCACAGCACUGUCCAACCUGGCCGACACCAAAAACACCACCUACCUCAACCCCAUUCGCAUAACAAGUCUAGAUCCACAGCAAAUUCCCACUUACUUGGUAUUCACCACCAUUGCGGGCAUCACAGGGGUCAUUAUAACCCUGUGCCUCAUCCUCAUUAUCACGUCUUCCAUGGAGGUCAUCCGCCGCAGCUACUUUGAGGUCUUUUGGUAUACGCACCACCUCUUCAUCAUCUUCUUCGCCGGCCUCGUCAUUCACGGCGCCGGGCGCAUCGUGAGGAGUCAAAAAGACAGCCCGCCGCACAACUUCACUCUCUGCAAGGACCGCAGUGACGAGUGGGGGAGGAUUCCCCAGUGCCCCAUCCCACAGUUUGCAGGGGGCUUUCCCAAGACUUGGAUGUGGGUGAUCGGUCCGAUGAUUCUGUACCUGUGUGAGCGGCUGCUGCGUUUAGUCCGAUAUUUGCAGACAGUCCAAUACCGAAAGAUCGUGAUGCAUCCAUCCAAGGUGCUGGAGUUGCAGCUGGUCAAGAAGGGCUUCAAAAUGGAGGUGGGCCAGUACGUGUUCCUCAACUGCCCGGCCAUCUCGCAACUGGAGUGGCACCCAUUCACCAUGACCUCAGCCCCCGAGGAGGACUUCCUCAGCGUGCACAUCCGCUCGGCCGGAGACUGGACCGAAAAACUCAUCAGCAUCAUGCAGCAGCUGCCCGAGGGCGCGCAAGGGCCCAAAAUGGGCGUAGACGGACCCUUCGGUACGGCCAGCGAGGACGUGUUUGACUACGAGGUGGCCAUGCUGGUGGGGGCGGGAAUUGGCGUCACCCCCUUCGCCUCCAUCCUCAAGUCCAUCUGGUACAAAUUCAAGGAUUCCAACCCAGGGCUGCGCACACGAAAGAUCUACUUCUACUGGCUGUGCCGAGAGACAAAUGCUUUUGAGUGGUUUGCCGACCUCCUGCAAGACCAAGAGAGGGAGAUGGAGGAGAGGGGCAUUGGGGAUUUCCUCACCUACAAGCUCUUUCUGACCGGAUGGGAUCAGAGUCAUGCCAAUCAUGCCAUGGUGCACUUUGACGAGGAGACUGAUGUGAUCACAGGACUCAAACAGAAAACUCAUUAUGGAAGACCCAACUGGAAUAAGGAGUUUGAACAAGUCCGCAAGGAGAAUCCCUCGGCUGUGGUGGGAACAUUCUUGUGCGGCCCGGCAGUUUUGGCGAAAGUCUUGGAAAAGAAAUGCGCCGAAUACUCGGAGGUGGACCCGCGAAAGACAAAGUUCUACUUCAACAAAGAGAACUUUUGAGCUGGGGAAAAAACUCUCCUUCCAGUCUCCUUUUGGGAAGACCUGGUGGGGAAAUGUUUUCUUAUUGCUAAUUAAGGCACGUAUGCGUGUUGAAAGCGUGCACGCAAAAUAAGAAUAGUAAUAAUAAUAAUUCUGACAACAAUGCUGGGCAUGUUGCUCCACUAGUCUGAAUUCUCCCUAUUGUCUCUCUACCACUGGUCUUGAUGGUUUAGUAAAAAUGUGCACAUAUUUAAAGAACAGGGUUUCCUUCAACAACUCAUGAAUGCAUGUUUAUUACAAAACCUACAAAAUCGUGUCAGUGAAGUUGAACCUAAAAGUUGCACAUUUACUGUUGUAAUAGCAAAACAUUUUUUUAAAUAAGUGUUGCACACAUGAGAAAAUUACCUGUAAAAAGCAAUACAUUACAAGAAAAAAAAACAAUAUCUUAAAUUGGGGAACAAUUUGAAAAACAAUUUUGUUGAGUUACAUUUUUAUGCCGAUUCAAAAAGUAUGACUUGCUCUAGUAAGACAAGUUGACUAGGAAUGGACUCAGCUGCGUGACAACUCGUCACAACUGAGAGUGCAGUGAGAGGUGUGUGCAGCUGACAGUAGGUCAGUACUAUCAAUAUCUACAAACAGAAAGCUAGCAUAGUAGGAAAUCAGGGGAUUAGUGCUAACUUCUCUUUUGACCUUGUAACCAUGGGUUGUAAAUUCUAGUUUGUUUUAUGCUGCUGUUUAAAAGUUUUCAAAGCUUGUAACUAUUCUAUCUUUGUGUUUUAUUUCCAUACAUACACAUUGAUUUCAGGGGUUUUCUUCAGUUUUGGAUUCAGCACCCCAAAAUGUUAAAAUCAGCUGUCUGACCUAAUUUAAAAAAUAUCUUCCCCAAUGUUAUUAUACAUAUAUAUAACACACACACACCUUUUUGGCAUGCCUAUUUGUUGCUCAAUGAAAUACAAAACCCCAUUGAAGCAUUUCCCAAAGAGCCAUUUUGAGCCCUGAGCUUCAUUUUUGCAAUGAGCGCUUUCACACCAAAUGUUGCAAUCGUUCCUUUGUUUACAUUUUGUAUUGUACAUUACAUUUAUCAUGUAUUUAUAUAUAAAUAUAUAUAUCAUGUAUAUCAUAGUAGUUACCUGUGUUUUCAAAAGUUCCCAAUUUAGUAUUUUGACAUAUGUUCAGAGCUGUGUAAAUAUAAACUUAGGCAACUUGUUUUUUGGGAGGUUUUUUUUUUUGUAAAUAUGAAGGAAGACGCGCACCUGGGAAAAAAAGGCAUGGGCCCUGUGGUUAAUCAUUCCCUGAAGCCAAUGACAGUUAUGUUUAAACUCCAUUUAAUGAAGAACUCAAGUGCUAAUUUUCCACUAUUGUCUUUAUGCGUCUGGUAAAUAAAGGAUAAGUGCUCAUGUU